UCUCUUUGUCGCAGUUCUGAAAUUCAAAGAUCAGCUGCAAAAUUGAGAAGGGAAGCAAAUGGAUCUCCAGCCCGCCCAGGAACAGGACGGUGGCGGAGCCUCUAAAUUCAAUCUCACUGUCAAAUUCAGUGGUCGAUCAAUACCCAUUGAAAUCGGCGCAACUUCCACCGUCAAAGAUGUCAAAGCCCUUCUUCAAACGCUCACCAACGUCCUCCCUCGAGGCCAGAAGCUCAUUUACAAAGGGAGAGUGUUGUCGGACGACUUGACAUUGGAAUCUUCGGGGGUUAUUAAUGGAUCCAAGAUUAUGCUCAUGGCUUCGCAGGGCCUUCACCAAGGGGAUGGUCCCAUAAAAAAGGACUCAGUGGCGAUUACGAGUGUGAGGAAGGCAGCAGAUAAUGCGAGAGGAAAGAAAGAAAAGAUUGAGGUGCCUGUCACAAAGAGUCGGCUUGAACGUUGGAAAGCCACUGGUGUGAUAGCAUUAUCAAAUUCUGGUCUAACGAAUAUACCUGAAGAAAUCUUGACUAGUGGAACAUCUGCUAGAGUGCUAGAUGUCAGCCAAAAUUCAUUACUCGAGGUGCCAGCUACUGUUGCCUGCUUAAGCUCCAUGCAGAAAUUGUUUCUCAAUGGCAACAACUUAUCAGAUAAAUCCAUAAGCUGGGAAGGAGUAACAUCAUUAAAAUCUCUCAUGGUUCUAUCACUAAAUGAAAAUAAUUUGACAACAUUGCCUUCUUCCAUCGGUGCCUUGACAUGCUUGAAGCAACUUAACAUCUCUGGCAACAAAUUGAGUUGUAUGCCUGCUGAAAUAGGUUUGUUGACAGAACUUCAGGUGUUGAAGGCAGAUAAUAACAGGCUACAAAGUAUUCCCGUCUCUAUUGGAGGAUGCUUUUCUCUUAUUGAGGUCGAUCUUUCUCAUAAUCUCCUUGCUGAGUUGCCUGAGACAUUCGACAGUUUCAAAAAUUUGAAGGCAUUGUAUCUCAAACAUAAUGGGCUGAAGUCCCUACCCAGCACACUAUUCAAAUCUUGCUUGCAGCUUUCAAUUCUUGAUCUUCAUGGCACAGAAAUAACCAUGGACGUUCUCCGACAGUUUGAAGGAUGGGAGAGUUUCGAUGAGCGGCGUCGCUCUAAGCAUCAGAAACAACUCGAAUUUCGAGUCGCCGGAGCAGGUGAGUUUGAUGAAGGUGCUGAUAAAAACUGGUGAUGGAAAAAUUGCUUCAACAUUGAAGGAUUGGAUGAUUGUGUUGUAUUUAUGGCAAUGUUCAGUUUCUUUAGAAAGAAUGUUUUGAUUAAUAUGAUAAAUAUGCUCCUGCAUAUGAUAGUUGUAGUAUUUUCAUAAGUUCAUGCAAUAACAAAUUUAAGAACUUUAAUUUAUUAAAAUAAG